GGCAGACACUCACUCCUUCUCUGGCUGUCUGUUUGUGCGAUGGUCAGUUCGUUGGUGUGUCUCUCUUGUCGUCUCGUGUUGAUGGUGGUGUGUGUGGCUCAUGCCCUUGGCUCAUGCCUUGUCGUCUUGGUUGUCGUCUUGCUCCUCCCACUCGGCCUUCUCCUGCUCGUAGCGCUCCUUGUCCUCAGCAGCCUGACACACACAGACAGACACACAGACAGACAGAGGGGAGCGAGGACGGAUGGAUAUCAUGUCGUCUCAGUAGUGUGUGUGUGACCUGAUCCUUGUACGGCUGCUUGUCGAUGUCCGACAUCUCCUUCCACUCAGCACCUGCACACAAUGCAUAUGCAUGGCGCAUACGUGCGGGGCGUGGGUGUGGUGUUUUUGAUGUUUGUUGCAUGUCUGUUUGUUGCACACCCAACAACUUCGCAAUCUCGCCAAAUGCCAUUGUCGGGUUCUUCUCCUUGACCUCUGGCCUGCGCUCCAUCGAGAAGUACAAGUCUGCAAUGACACACACAGGAGACGCACCACACAUGAGACAGACCUCUCUCCAUCAGCUGCCUGUCUGUCUCUCUCUGUCCGUCUGUCUGUCUGUCUGUAUCAUGCAUGUGGGUGUGUGUGGGUGUGCAUACAGGCAGUUCGAGGUCGCUUGGGUCCCGCUUUCUUGGUGCUGUCCUUCUUGCCCUUCUUCUCGCCCUUGCCCAUCGACUUGCUGGAGGUUGUGCUCUUGGAUGACGCCUUCGCCAUGGCUCGCUCA